GCCCCAAAGCCGCAAGAUGCGAUUCCUCUGCGUACUGAUCCUCGCCAGCCUCCUGGCAGUGGCUAGUUCAACUUCAUCUACUUCACCUGCUUCAUCUACUUCACCUGCUUCAUCUACUUCACCUACUUCGUCCACUUCUCCAACUUCGUCCACUUCUCCAACUUCGUCCACUUCUCCAACUUCGUCGUCGUCGAGUUCCUCAUCAUCCACGGCGACCACCACUACAACGACAGUUGCUCCCACGACCACCACCACCACGGAGGCGUCCAGUUCAUCAUCGUCGAGCGAUAAGAAAGUUCGGCACACGAGGCACUACGUCAACCGGCGUCACAGGAAGGACAAGAAGACCACCAAGAGCAAGAAAAAGAACAGCAAGAAAAACAAGAAAACCAAGAAAGUCCGACGCACCCGUCGCAGUGGUUAAAUAUUUUCUUCCUUUCGAAAUCGAAAUCAACCCACCGAUCGCAGAAAAAACUAUGAUUGC